UGGCACCGUUUUGCCUCGAACCCCAAGCGCUAGUUUAAUCAUAUCAAAACUACUGCUGUCCGAAGAUCCAUCCUCGGUUUCUAUUCGGCCUUUACAAUGGACCAAUUUUAUCUCGACAACAUUGCUCUAUAUCAGACUCUGGUCAGGGCAUUCAGGCCUUCGCCUGAAGCUCGGAUAGCCACCACCAAGGUGGCUACAGAAAUGACCAGUCCAGAUUUGGUUGUCGGCGCCAGAAUCCGGCCUCUGCUGAACGAGGACCUUGCCGCAGGCUUCCCACGUGCUGUCUUUCCCCGCUCUGACCAGACUGGUGUGGUGGACAUGCACGAUCUCUACAACCAUCCGAGGGGACGGCCUAUACUCAAGUCUUUCAACUACCAGGUAGACAGGCUUUUCAACUCGGAGACAAGCACCAAGGAGAUCUACGAGGAUCUUGUGGCACACCUGGUCCCCUUCGCGUGGAAUGGCGGUAUUGGAACCCUCUUCGCCUACGGCCAAACCGGCUCUGGCAAGACCUUUACAGUCAGCCGGCUUCAACAACUCGUUGCUGGGUCGUUGACGGACGACAGUCUCGAGGGCCAGAGACAGAUUUACAUCAGCAUCAUUGAUCUUGCCGGGAACUCGGCCUACGACUUGCUCAACUCACGCAAGCCGGUAUCGAUCCUCGAAGACUCAUUUGGAGUUACACAAUGGACGGGGGCAAGCGAGUACCAGGUGCAAGGCAGAAACGAGGUGGUGGACGUGAUUGAGCGCGCAGCAUCUUUUCGACGGACGGCACCGACUCAGAAGAACGAUGCUUCCUCACGCUCGCACAGCAUAUGCCGCAUCCGCAUCAAGGACCCAUCUACUGACGACUCUGUAGAUGGGCUUUUGUACCUGAUCGAUCUGGCCGGUUCCGAAGCUGCUCGUGAUGUCGCGGUCCACGGCGCCGACCGGAUGCGCGAGACGCGCGAGAUCAACAUGAGCCUAUCGGUGCUGAAGGACUGCAUCCUGGGAAAGGUGAAGUUGGACGCUCUCAUCAGAGGCGGCGGCGGCCCGAAGUCAGCCCAGCAAAAGAAACCACACAUACCGUUCCGACGAAGCGCGCUCACCAGGGUCCUGAAACACGUCUUUGACCCUGCUGGCGGGCGAGCUUGCAAGACGGUCGUUGUAGCCUGCGUCAAUCCGAGCCUGGCUGAUAUAGCGUCAAGCAAGAACACGCUGCGGUACGCUGAGAUGCUGCGUGUUCUGGUUCCUGCGCCAGCAGAUCCCGGCGCCGAGUUAACGACGGAACCUAACACUACCACCAUGCUAGGUCGCCUGACACUGACGAGCAGAUUGACGUCGAGCCGGGAUUUAUUGGAUCCCACGGCUAUGGCAGUACCGUUCAAGGAGCGCAUUCGCCCUGGUAUGGUCGUCAGCUGGAAGCACCAACCUCGUCCUCGUCCUCGUCCUCCUCCUUCUCCUCCUGACCGUUGUUUAACACGGCGCAGGAGCAUGCCGCCGGACGACGACCUUAAGUUGGCGGUCGUACUUUGCCCUGCUGUCGAGGUUGUUCAACAGGGGACCGCCAUCCCAGAUAUUCUUGGCAAUAACGUGAUGAGUUCCACAGAAGAGAGUGAUGAGCAUACUAGCACGAGAGAAGACAACGGCACUGGAGGCGGAGGGGACGGUGCGCAAAGGUUUCUAUGUGCGCUGGUGACGCCGGCGCCGGCGCCCGAGGCUUACGAGCUGAAUCUGUGGCAGCAGAUUGUCAUCGAUGUCGGCAGGAUGGAUAAGGAGGUCUUUCUCGAGUAUGAUGCUGGGACUAGAUACUACUACAUUUCCGCCUAAAGAUUUAGAGAAUGAAGAAGCCAACGCGUCCGGUAAACGUCAACACCAUUUCCGAUUCCAGGUU